UUAGGAAUAUUUUCAUCGGUACUGACUAAAACAUUUUGUAUACAGUAUUGUUCAGUUUGUAUUGUAAGCGACCUGACCCCCUGAGUUGUGUAAACACGCCGUGUAGGAGAGGCGGGAUGGCGUGCUUUGGUGAUGAUCUUUUUGAUUUUUUAGAAGAUGACGAGAAAAAGGUUGAAGAUUUGCCAGACAUUCAAGAAGUUGAUGAGGGUGAAGAUGAAAGAGCAGCAGUACAACUCAACCAGUUACUGGGGAAGCGAGCUGCAAAGGAGGACACCAAGAAGAUAAAGGGAACAGUAAAGAAGCGUCGAUCACAAGUAGAGGCAACACAGUCAGAGCUGAGGCUGAUAGAAGAUCUGCCAAGAAUAGCAGUACAUGUGAUAGAAACUGUAGAGGCAUGUACACAUGAGGUGGCUGUGCCCCCUGGGGAAAUGUACAUUCCACUGAAACCUCCAAAAGAUAAACCAGCAAGAACUUAUCCAUUUAUAUUGGACCCUUUUCAGAAAGAAGCCAUAUUGUGUAUUGAUAACAAUCAAUCGGUUUUAGUUUCUGCUCACACAUCAGCUGGUAAAACAGUUGUUGCUGAAUAUUCAAUAGCCAUGUGUUUACAAAACAAGCAGAGAGUCAUUUACACAACACCCAUCAAAGCCUUGAGUAAUCAGAAAUACAGAGAUUUUAGUGACGAGUUCACUGAUGUAGGUCUGUUAACUGGUGAUGUGACUAUCAACCCAAACGCUUCUUGUCUCAUUAUGACUACAGAAAUUUUACGUUCAAUGUUGUAUCGAGGCUGUGAAGUGACCAGAGAAGUUGGUUGGGUUAUUUUUGAUGAGAUUCACUACAUGAGAGACAAGGAAAGAGGUUAUGUGUGGGAGGAAACUAUCAUCCUACUGCCGCCUACAGUCCACUUUGUCUUUCUUUCUGCAACCAUCCCAAAUGCAAGUCAGUUUGCUCAGUGGGUGUGUUACCUUCACCAUCAGCCUUGUCAUGUGGUCUACACAGAUUACCGACCAACUCCUUUGCAACAUUACAUCUUUCCAGCAGGAGGUGAAGGGAUCUACCUUGCUGUUGAUGAAACUGGCAAGUUCAGAGAAGAUAAUUUUAAUACAGCAAUGACAAUAUUGCAGAGUGCACCAAAACAGGCAAGUUCAAGAGGCAGGAAAGGAGGAGUCAAGGAUACUUCAGACUGCUUUAAGCUUGUGAAGAUGAUCAUGGAGCGUAAUUUUGCACCAGUCAUCAUAUUUAGCUUUUCGAAAAAGGAGUGCGAAGCAUAUGCUCUGAUGAUGUCCAAGUUAGACUUCAAUUUAGCAGAGGAAAAGCAAUUGGUGGAUGAAGUGUUCAACAAUGCAAUCGCAGUCCUUUCAGAAGAAGACAGGCAGUUACCCCAAGUGGUGUCAGUUCUUCCCUUAUUACGACGAGGAAUUGGCAUCCAUCACGGAGGUUUGCUGCCUAUAAUCAAGGAGACAAUAGAGAUUCUCUUUGGUGAGGGUUUGGUGAAGGCUCUCUUUGCCACAGAGACUUUUGCUAUGGGUCUCAACAUGCCUGCCAGAACAGUCCUUUUCACGAGUGUCCGCAAAUUUGAUGGACAUGACUUCCGUUGGUUGACUUCUGGUGAAUACAUCCAGAUGUCCGGUCGUGCAGGCCGUCGAGGGAAGGACGACAAGGGUAUUGUUAUAAUGAUGGUGGAUGAGAAGCUUAACACAUCAGUCGUGAAGAACUUGGUGCAGGGUAAAGCUGAUCCCAUCAACUCUGCAUUUCACCUGACGUACAACAUGGUACUAAACUUACUGAGGGUGGAGCAGAUCAACCCUGAGUACAUCUUAGAGAGGUCCUUCUUCCAGUUUCAGAAUUAUUCAUCCAUCCCAUCACUUUGUGAACGUGUGAGCACCAGCGAAAAAGAGUUGGAGAAGAUCGUUGUCCCCCGAGAGUUUGAGGUGGAGAGUUACUACAAAAUCAAACAAACCAUUCACAACCUCAAGAAUGAGCGGCAUGUUUUUAUCACACGACCAAUAUACAUCACGCCUUUCCUCCAACCAGGGAGACUUGUUUAUGUUAAGAAUAAUGAGGAUGACUUUGGCUGGGGUGUUGUGCUCAGCUUUAAGAAACAGGAAGAGCAGAACUCACUAGAGGGCCCAACCAUAACUGUAGAUGUUAUUUUACGUGUGUCAGAGGCAACAGCUGCUUUAAAG